CCACAUUCUCUCGUCUACCGCCCUCGCCUCGCGUCUUCCUCACCUUUCUUGCCACUCUAGUACUCGUCUGCUCAGCUUCCUCCCGAGCCAGCACCCGUGUCUGCCCAUCGCCCGAUACGCCUGUGCUGCCUGGCAGCCCACCCUCAUCAUGUCGAGCGUCAUACGCAGCGUCAAGAAUGUGACCAAAGGCUACUCGUCGGUGCAGGUGAAGGUGCGGAAUGCUACCAGCAACGACCCAUGGGGCCCCACGGGCGCCGACAUGGCCGACAUUGCCCGCAUCACCUACAACAGCACUUUUCCUGCUGACCUCCCCAACAGCUCCACCGAUUUCUACGAGGUCAUGGACAUGCUCGACAAGCGCCUCAACGACAAGGGCAAGAACUGGCGCCACGUCCUUAAAUCCCUCAAGGUCCUCGAUUACUGUCUGCACGAAGGCAGCGAGUUGGUGGUGACGUGGGCUCGGAAGAACAUCUACAUCAUCAAGACUCUGCGCGAGUUCUACUACGUCGACGAAAGCGGCAAAGACGUGGGAGCUGCCAUCCGACAAUCCGCGAAAGAACUUACCUCCUUGAUCCUGGACGAAGAACGUCUCCGUGCCGAACGCACGAAUCGCGGCUCAUGGAAGUCGCGCGUCACCGGCCUCGAAGAAUUCAACCAUGAUGACCACGCGCAAGCUGCCAAUACCGAGGGCUCCAACACCGCCCGUGCCGAUGCCCGCGCCGAUGCCCGCAAUCGCCGCCGUGCGGGUGAAGAUGACAACGACUUGGAGAUGAGACUCGCCCUCGAGGCUUCGAAGAACGAGGCCGAGGCUGAGGCUGCCCGCCGGGCUACUAUCUCUGGCGAUGAAAACGACGCCGACUUCCAGAAAGCUCUCAAGUUGAGCCAAGAAGAGGAGGAGUUAAGAAAGCGACAGUUGGAAGACCAAAACCAAGAAGAUCUGCUGUUUGAUGAUACGCCUGGCGAGCAGGUCCCACAACCCACCGGCUUCAACCAAGGCUAUCACCAGCAGCCGCAGGUGGACUGGUUCGGCAACGUGGUUGGAGCACAGCAGCCACAGCAGACGGGCUUCUUGAACAAUGCGUACAGCCAACCGACUGGGCAGCCCUUCCAGAACGGCUACGGCUACGGCCAACCACAGCCUUCGGCCUUUGAUCAACUGCAACAACCGUCCCAACAAUUCUUGCAGCCGCAGAAUACCUACAAUCCCUGGGCGCAGCAGCUGAACAACGGUACUUUUGGAGCACCUCCUCAGCAGCCCCAGGCCCCAGCAGAGCCGGUGGUGCAGGCGGGCUCCAACAAUCCUUGGUCGAGCUCGAGUCCCGGACCGAAUUCCUCCAUCGCAGCCCAGCCGACGGGCUCCAACAACCCCUUUGCAACCCAACGCCCGGUUCAAUCCCACGCCCAUUUCAACAAAGCGCCCACGCUCUCCACCCUGCAAGAGCAAGCGGCUACCAACCAGUUUAACGCCCGGCCCAAUCCCAUCGCCAACUACGCCUCACCAAGCCCCUUCCACGCCAGCACGCCCUCUCCCCAGCCUCGCAUCUCCCAACCUCCGCCCCCUCAAGACCCCUACCAAGCCAAACUCAACGCUCUUCUCGCCUCCGGGGAGGGCCAAGACACGUUUGGCAACGUUGGCGAUCUGCGUAUCCCCUCCCAACACACGGCACCCGGCACGUUCGUCAACUCCGCCGGGGCGGGGUCGAUGGGCAGGCUGGAGAGCAGCCGCACCGGCACUAAUCCCUUUUACACGCAAAAUUCGGCCGCGUCGGUGCAGUUUCCUGCUCAGACAGGGCCUGCGCAUGGGUUUGGAGGCAGCGCAAACCCCUUCGGCUCGCGGCCGCCGGGACAGCAGAAUCAAGGGCAGCAGGGUGGGAGCCUGAUUGAUUUAUGAGCGGAGUGAAGUUAGCAUGACUGCAUUGCAGCCGUCUCAACAGUUGGGCAGGAUGUGAGAUGUGCACUGGCGUUCUACGGCGUUUUAUACCCGGUUGGUCUUCUUCUGUAAGCCCAACCGCGAAAGG